UGGCCAAGUGGGUGCGGCCACGUGGACAGAAGGGGGCGGGGAGCGGGGUCACGCACUCUGCGCCCCGCGGGUCCCGGACGCGCUCCGGGCACCCAGCACUGGACGCUGAGCGCACAAGUACGUGGCGUCGGGGCGUCCCGGCUCUCAGACGUGGCACGGCUCGGCAGCCUGCUCCCCGCCCCCGUCCAGCACCAAGUGGUCUGUCCGGCCCCGGCGGCACGGGCGCACUCCUCACCGCCAGCCCGAGAGCGCCUUGCCGCGGGAGCAGGACGCGGAGCCAGACCCUGUGCCGCCCGCGCCGCGCCGGGUGAGGAGCGAUGCUGUUCGGCCUGACCGGCCCCCGCAUGCGCCUCCCUGUAGACAAAGCCCGCGCGUAAGCGGCGCCCUCGGCCCGCGCCCCGCUCGGGUGAGCCUCAAAGCAGGAGCCCAGAACCAGCCGCUCCUCUGACGACCAUCAGCUAGUGCUGCUGCAUCCAGCCUGUCCCCUGCCAGGCCCAUCACUGUGCCACCUCUCAGCAGGGGCAGCAGAAUGAAAGAAGUCAUGUCCAAUAACAGCACCACGAGCAUCUCCCAAGCCAGGAAGGCUGUGGAACAGCUGAAGAUGGAAGCCUGUAUGGACAGGAUGAAGGUCUCCCAGGCAGCGGCGGACCUCCUGGCAUACUGUGAAGCCCAUGUGCGGGAAGACCCUCUCAUCAUACCAGUGCCUGCGUCGGAAAACCCCUUCCGAGAGAAGAAGUUCUUUUGUACCAUCCUCUGACUCCGUUUGUUAGGAAUAUGUCUCCUUGUCUGUCCGUCAACUCCCUGAUAGAGACCGUGCAUGCUCUUAGCUUUGGGCUCUCCCUCCCUCCACCCCUACCUGACCUGGAUUGCUGGAGCUGGCCUCGUCCUGUCACUAAUUUCCUUCAUUACAUUUGAGUUUACUUCUUUUCAUUUUCAUAACUGGCAGAGAAAUAGACAUUUUUGUGACUAAAUAACAAAUUGCCAAGUAAAAAUAAGUAUGGGUUGGAAUUAAAUGUCAAUUCCCAAAUUUAAAUACAUUAGGUUAAUACAUUUCAGUGGGUAACUGACUACAAAGAAAAACUCCAACAACACCCCAUUCACAAGGAUUCGGUAACAAAUUAGUGCAUUUUAACCAUUGAAAUAUAUGGGUAAAGUUUUCAUCUCCCUAGAGAAAACAGUUCUGAAAGUUCUCUAUUCCCUGUUUCCCCAUUAUUCUAUCAAAAAGGAAAUAACCCACAACAUCAGACUUUUUCUUAAUGUAUGUCUACCUGGGGCCAUAUGGCCUAGACCCUAACAAGGGCCCAGGAUCCUGUUUCCCAGAUUGUCACUGACCAUAUUGGAGGUGGUCCUUCUACAAAUGUAGCUGUUGGGUGGAUAUUUUAGCAAGCUUAACCAUAAAUGUGCACUGUGACAGCCAUCUGUCUAUGUGCUCCAGCAGGGCUGGCCGAGGCAUCAUCUCCCUUCCACUCAUGCCACCUCUUUCUGCUGCCUCCGGAUUCCGGCUCUCCUGCAGCAGACCCAACAUGGGCUGGGUUCUUAACAAGGGCCUGUUCUGGGCACUGCACUGGACCCUGUGGGGUUUUGCCAGAGUGGCCCCUGCUCCGGAGGAGCAAGUCACAGGAGCAGCAGCUCCCUCUGUGCUACCCACUGAUGAGAGCAUUAAUGUGAGCUCACUUCCUUAACCUUCCAACCAUCAACAGGUGCCACGAGAACAUGUCUGUUAGAAAGAGACAGAAACUGGCUCAGAAAGAUUAUGUCAUUUCCCCAGAGUAUUGGAUAGGAAAAGAAAAUGAAUACUUGAGUGCUGGAUGCCUGGCCGAGAGGCCCCUGAGCCCAUGAGCAAUGCCCCUUCCAGGUCGCCCUGUUUGCAGGGAGGUAGGCCCACAGACAACCUGACCCACACAACCUGAGUACAGUGGCUGUGGUCCGAAGGUGGCAUGCUUCUCUUCCCGCCCCUGCCAGGAGGAGGCAUCUUCUGGCAGCUUAAGGAAAACCGUACACGGAUGCCAGGUGGAAGGCUAGAUAGCUCUUUGGUUUUCUGAGACAAACUUGCAGGCCCCAGUGAAAACAAACUCAUGCCACCCCUGAUGAAAGGAGAGAAUACAGAGAGGACGUCUGUCUGUUCUCUUCCACUUGUUAGGAAACCACCUCCCUCCCCAGCUCACCCCAGCUGGCUCUGUGAUGCGGGACAAGCAAGCCACGGUGCCUCAAGUGCUAACCCGCAAGUUGAGGGUAAUGGGAAUUAUGCUGCCCAUCUCUCCUGUCUAGGAGGACAUGGAGAGGUGCUCCAUGGAGGAAAGUUCUGAUGAUCAUUCAAAAUAAAUAAAUGUGCCAACUGCCAAGAUGUAACAUGGGGAAGAAUGCAUGACUUCAAAGAUAAGAUGGUUCAGUUGCAAGAAUAAUGUAAAAUUGCCUGCAAAGAGCCAGAUACCAUGUCAGAUCAGUUAAUAACUUGCUUUCCUUGUAAGUGGUUUUAGGACACUUUUUUCUUUAUCGAAAACCAUUCUUAGUUUCAUUAAACCUCACUGGUAACACAAGUGUUGUUAGGAAGCUGUGUGCUCAAACAAUAGCAGAAUUUUAUGCUGUAUUUGCUAUUAAGGCUUCAAAUCCUUCCCUAUUUUGGCUCCAUGUCAACAUCAUUAACCCGAUGAAGCAAAACACAAUCCAUAGGCGCACAUCAGAGAAGCUGAGAAAGUGGCUCAGCGUGAAGCUGGCUCCAUCAAGUCAAGAAGAAAGCGUGCUUCUCUUCCUCCCAACCUCCUCCCGGGUAUUCCCACCUUUACUAUCCCUCCAUUUCCUGCCUCCCUGGCUUUUCCCUCUCUUUUUCCUUUUCCUCAUCUCUUCCUUGCAUUCCUCCAUGAAGUUUCCUAUCCUUUUUACUACAUCUUUUCCUUCCAAACCUAUCACAUUUUGUGUGGUUUGCCCCUUCCAAAGCAUCCCUGAGCUCAAUGCCGUCUUCUUAAAACAAGUUCAUGUGUAUGGGCUCUGAGAUACAUGAAUGUGUGAAUGAGCCCCCUCUGCUCCUGGCAGCUAUUGGGAGGUGAGUGAAAUGGAGUGCCUAUAGUGGACUGUUGUCAUUUUGUUGUUAGAGUUUGGCUGUCCAGCAUCUGACACCCCCUUUUCUGUGGGGGGAAUCACCCUUUCCAUAUAGAUUAAGGGGUAUGUAAAAGUGGGGAGGCCUUCCCUGUCUCUCGGGUACAGCCCCCUUUCCAGCUCUGGGCAGACCAGGGAGUGGCCAGUGACCUGGGGUGAAUUACCUGAACUCUCUCCUUGGGCUCCUGAGCUUCAGAGUAAGUGCCACAGAAAUGAAGGCCUGAGAGAUUCAUCCCACGGGACCUGCAGUGGCCCAGGGGUAGCAAUGGCCCAGCAGGGAAGGAGUCUAGGACUGGCAGCCUGCAGGAUGGCUUGUCCAAUACCCAGGGAUGGCAGAGUCCAGAGGAGACUGUCCCUGCUUCAUUCCUCCAGUCCCGUGGAGCUGUCACCUCCACCAUCAUCCUAGGUCUCCCUCCUUGCCUUCUGUUAAGUCCUCGGGCCUCUAAGCUCCAUCCAAUCAAUUCCUAUUCUUCCAUGAAAUAGCCUGGGUUGACUGUGCAUCAGAUAACCUAAAAACCCCAUUCCUAGGUGUGUACCCAAAAAGAAUGUGUGUGUAUAUAUAUAUCUAUAUACCAAAAGAAAUGUACUAGAUUGUCCAUAGAAGCACUAUUCAUAAUAACUGCACACUGGAAAGCACCCAAAAGCCCUUGUUGCAUGGAUGAAGAUACUACGGUAUACUCACACAGUGAAAUCCUAUACAGCAAGAAUGAUCCUGCAGCCACACCCCGCAGCAUAGUGUGAGUCUCAGAAUAAGGCAAGCAGGUGCCGUGGGAUCCCAUUUACAUCAAGUGUGAGGCCCUGGGAAGCUACUGGGCUGCUACAAGAAGGGUGUUUGUUACUGUUGACAGGCUGGCUACCAGAAGGGAACAAGGGGAGCUUCUGGGAUUCUGUUUCUUGAUCUGAUUGCUGGUUCCCUGGAUGUGUCCACUUUGUCAAAAUUCCUGGGGCUGUACACUUUGGUUCUGUGCCAUUUUCUGUGUGUAUGUUACACUUCAAUAAAAGUCGUUUUUUUGUGGCUAGC